GGGUGGCUGGAGGCGCUGUUAGAGAGGAGCUGCAGCGGUUAAAGCCUUUGUUUCGAUUCUUAGCAGCUCGAGAGCAAACUGUGUAAUGCUGGCGAGAGACGGUUUAAAGUGUAAAAUCCCGUCCAGGCAGUUUUUAUUGAGCUAAAAUGUGGCUGCGUCGCUGGCAGUGCAGUGUCAGCGGGGCUGAGAAGAUUAUGGUAACGUUAGUUAGCUGGUUGGCUAACUAGCCUAGCUGACCUAACCCUUGCUAAGCUAACUAACGCUACCAUAGUUACCUUAGCUACUGUAACACGACGGCGGCCGGGUCGGCGUUAGCCUGCUAGUUUAUUUUGCUAGCUAGUUAGCAUAGCUGCUGCUGCGCUAGCUGGCUAUCUUAACUCUGACCUGGGAACGGGUUAUAUGCGGAUUUCGGGGUACUGACGGGUUGUGCUACCUUGACAAACCGCGCUACCCUACUGUAUAUUUUGCUAAAGUAAAAAUAUAAAUAUAAAAUAAGCUCUAUAUCAGAACAUGCUUCUAACAGGAUAUGUAGAUAAGCUAACUUAACUAACGUUACUGUAUCAGGGUUAAGUUAAUCAAGUUACGAUAAUGAGACGUGAUUAGUGAGCUAAACAAAUAUAUGUUUUGUAUUUUAUUAGGUUCAUAUAAUAAUUAAUGCUACUAUUUAUUAAUUGCCAUUUACACCUCUGUAGUUAUCACUCAGGAUAAAGCCCUACCCAGAUGGGAUUAGUUUCUCAGGGGGUCCUGGGGUAAUUUUAUUCUUUUAUGGGCUUCCUCUGUGAUUUUAUUCCCCUCCGGAAUGACCAUGCAAUGUAAUGGAGGAGCUACUGAACGUCAUGUCAUGUGAUCAAGAAAGCCAAAAAACUCACUGGUCCUCCUGAUUUUCCAAUUGCAGAUUGCCGGAUGCAAGAGUAGAAGUGUGAAAUAAUAGAAACUAAUCCUGUCCAGAUAGGGCUAAAUAAUGACGGUGAUGUCAGGUUGUUUAGUUAAAGAAAAUAACAAGACAAAGAAGAAGAUAAAUUGAAUUAUCAUGAACAAAAAAUGAAGUCAUAUAGUUAACAAAAUGUGGGGAAGCGCAUGCCCAGUGAAGUUUGCAAUGGAGCAGUGUGAGCCAUCACGAGCUGCUGAGCGGGCUCCCGAGGAGAGGAGUACAGGUGUAGAGAGGAAUGGAGUCGGGGGUAAGAGUUUAAUGACUGCCGACGGCUACGACUGUCGUAUCUGUGGCUAUAAAGCAGCAGACGUUUGCUCGCUUAGCCAGCACCUUCACUCUGUCCACCCUGUUACCUCCCUCCCUGGCCCGAGCUCGCUGAGAGAAGAGAAAGGUGGGGGCAAGGAAGAGGAGGAGGAUGGAGAUGAAGAUUCAGAUGCAGAUAUUCAGGAUGCUGUUGUGGAUGGAAAGCAAAGCCCAGAAAGAAAGCAAAAAAGCCCUCCUGUGGAAAACCCAGAGCUUUCUGAGGGGUCCACGUCUUCCUUAGCCAAGGACUCAGAGGAAAGAAGUACAUGCACUGUGGAGAACCAGGUUCCAGAGCUGGCGCAAACAGAGACUGCAAAAAAUGCACCAGCUGACGAGCCCAGCCAAAGCCCAUGUCUUGCCUCCGUUUUGCCUCGGAGAAAAGCAUCAUGUUCUUCAGGGUCUAACAAAGGAAACCAAAGUGAAGGCACUGCAUCUUCUGGCACAUCCAGCCUUAACAGGACCCACUUGGUGUGUCUGCCGUUGGUGUCUGAAGGGCUGAAGCUGGUGUGGGUUCGCUCUGAGCAGACUCAUGAGUUAGAUGCAGUUUCUGAGCUUGUAGAGGCUUUUAACAUCUUUCCUUAUCCCACAGAGCAGGAGGCAAGUGCUUUGGCACGCCGCUGCUCCCUGCCUGCUGAACGGGUCAAGGUCUGGUUUAUGAUGCAGCGUGUUCGCUACGGAAUUAGCUGGGGCGACGAUGACAUCCGUGAGACACGGCGCAAACUGCGACGGCAACAUCAAGCGAACCACGAGGAGGAGUGUGUAGAAGACAAGGAAGAUGCAUUAUCUGAAGAUUUAGCUCUUCAGAAAAAGACAACAGAAGGGCACGUGCCAAGUUUUAAACAGUCUUAUGCAGGGAAAACACAUAUGUCACAGAUGCAUCACACACCCAGCCACGGUACCAUUUUAUCUCAGCAUAAUUCCAUCGAUUUCAACGGCAGUGCUGUAACAAAUUGUAAUGCCAUUCCUCAGUACACUAACGGUUUAGAACAGUUUGUUCCACAAACAGCAGAAGCUCAGUCUGCUUUUGAACAUACAUCCCCAAACAAAGUUAAUUCUCAGUCCCACGUAAAUAUGAAUGACAUGGCUCCUCUUGAAGAUGAGCCCCAAAGUCCCAGCGAAUUCAGUUAUUCAGCACAAUUAGAUGACAGUAUCCCACCCAGUAGCAUGGAGUACCAGUCCCUGUCAGACCUGGCCAACAUGGAUUCUCGUGCUCCUACGGGACAACUGCGUAAGAAGACCAAAGCUCAGCUAAUGGUGCUCCGCCGCAGUUUUGUCCACAGGAACUGGCCUUCCGAGGCUGAGGUUCAACGUCUUCAGCGUGUCACUGGACUUGGGCGGCAUGAGAUUCGCAAGUGGUUUGCUGACAGCCGAUAUCAGCUUCGCAGAAGUGGUCGGUCAUGGAUGUCAGAGGAUGGAAGUCGCUCACGUCGAGGUUCGGGUAGAAAUCGAAAACUUGAUGGCGAUGUGUACCCCAGCGCAGGCCUGUUUGAGGGCAGUGAGGCAAUGGGCGCCGAGGGUUUUGAGGUGGAUGUGGAUGUGGAUAUGGAUGUGGACCUGGAGGAUGAACAGGACCCUCUGAUGGAAGGAGUUAGUGGAAGCGGGCUAGAUUUGAGAAAAGAGGGGAGAACAGUAAACCCAGAGCCUAGGGAUGUUCAGACUUCUGUUAAACAAGAACGUAAGGAAAUUACCAUAGUUCCUUCUCCGUCUACUUCCUCUUCUUCUCCCUCGCCCUCCUUUAUCCAAGGCCGGGUCCUUAGCCUUGGCCCUGAGCCCAACCUUCGGAAGAAGACACAGCAGCAGCUGGACGUAUUGAGGCAGAGCUUUUUAAAUUGCCAGUGGCCCACCAGUGAUGACUACACCAACUUACAGCGGAGGACAGGCCUGACACGGACAGAGAUUGUGCAGUGGUUCGGAGACACACGCUACCAUGUCAAACACAACAACAUGCGCUGGAUGAGUCCAGAGGACAGGGAGCGCAUCGUUGUAGGCAUUACCAAGCAGCAGAGAAGAGGCGGUAGGGCCUCGAGGAAGUCCUGGCUAGAUGGUGCGGACUCUAGCUUAGGCCAGGAGGAACCUAAACCCAGUAACGGGACAGGAGCGAGUCAAGUGGUCUGGGAUAAGGUAUUUGAAGACAAUUCUUCAAAACUGCCAGAGGGUGAGCUUUGACUCUGGGGUAAUUGUAAAGUUACAUUUAAUGUUAGAGAGCAUUUAGAAUAGAAAAAAAAUCUGAUGUAGAGUCAGGACUCUACUUGGCUGCCAAGUACUGUUUCUCAUAAAGGGGUUUAUUUUAUUUUGUUUUAAGGUUUUCUGGUGUCUCUUUUUAUCUCAUUUCCAGUGUUCAUCACCACUGAUGCAUUGAAAAAAUCCAGUGCCUCGUCAGAAUUUUUAGUACACAAUUUAUUUAUUUAAUUUUGCCAAUUAAAACAUUUUUGCCUAUGUUGAAAUUAUUUAUGAUAACACUAAAUAAGCAAAGAGAGAGGCUGAGAGUAAUUUGCAGACCACAGGUACUGAGUGAAACUACUGUCAGCUUUCAUGUGUAGCAUUUCGGUGUCUGUUUCUGUGAGUCCUUCAGCAAGCUAUUAAUGUCCUUUAAAAUUGUAUUCCAUGUUUUUUUUGUUUGUUUUUUCUAAUAUACUUCAUAUUUUCAACAAAAACUGCGCUUUAGACCUUUUCAAUACAUUUUAAAUUGCUCUUAACAGUAAAUCAGUGGAAAAAAAAUAUUUAUUUUAAAAUAGUUUUAACAUGCAUUAUUUAAUGUUAAAAGAUCAGAUGCUAUUACAUGUGCAUAAAUUUCAAUUAUUGCUUCUUUCAACAUUCAGUCAUUUUUUAGACCAUAGGACCAUAAUUGAAGAGAAAAGCUUGAAUGAUACAUUUUAUAUUCUAUGCAUUUGAUUGAUAUCAUGGGGUUGACUAGAGAAUUCCUUUUUCACUUGUGAAGAUUUUUGUACCUAUUUCUAGAAAAUGUUUCCCCUUGGUUACAAUGGCAUUUUAACCCAAUAAACUGGUCUUCAAAACA